AUGUGGAUGGGUUUGGUACCACUAGGUCGUUUGGAAGAAUAUUGGUCACAAAAUGGAGUCUACAACAUGACAAUUCCACGUGCGAUAUUGUCACGAAAUCGUUUUCAGAUAUUACUAACUAUGCUUCAUUUUGAUAACAAUGAAACGAGCGAUACCAGUAACAGGCUGCGAAAAAUACAGCACCUAGUUGACAUGCUACAACAAAAGUUCAAAGCCCUAUUUUACCCAGGAGAAGAUUUCGUUAUAGAUGAAACUCUUGUUCCAUGGAGAGGGCGCCUAAUUUUCAGGCAAUAUAUUCCAAAUAAAUCCCAUCGUUAUGGAGUCAAACUGUUCAAGCUGUGUUCAGUUGAUGGAUAUACAUGGGGUCUUAAAGUCUAUACUGGAAAGUCUGCAUCUGGAGAGCGUGAAACCGGAUUAGCAAAAAGUGUGUGUUUGGAACUAGCGGAAUUACUUCUCAAUCAAGGCAGAACUCUCUAUAUAGACAAUUUUUAUACUAGUUAUGAUUUGGCAAAGUGUUUGCUAGAUAAAUAA